AUGGAAGCCAGGAACCACACAAGUCCAUCAGGAUUCAUCCUCAUGGGGCUUUCUGAUGAUCCAGAGCAGGAGUAUCUCCUCUUUUCUCUGUUCCUCUGCAUGUAUGUGGUCACGGCCUUAGGGAACCUGUCCAUCAUGCUGGCCAUCAGCUCAGAUGCCCACCUCCACACCCCCAUGUACUUCUUCUUAGCCAAUCUCUCCUUGGUUGACUUUGGCCUGGCCACCAACACUGUUCCCAAGAUGCUGGUGAAUAUCCAGACCAAGAGCAAGUUCAUCUCCUAUGCCUGCUGCCUGACCCAAAUGUACUUCUUCCAUUUCUUUGGCAUUGUUGACAGUGUCUUAAUAGCCGUGAUGGCUUAUGACAGGUUCGUGGCUAUAUGCCACCCCUUACACUACACCACUGUCAUGAGCCCCCGCCUCUGUGCCCUGCUGGCCAGUACCCCAUGGGUGUUUUCCUGCUUCAUCUCCCUCACUCACAUCCUCCUGAUGACACGCCUGGUUUUCUGCAGCAACAAUGAGUUAACUCAUUACUUCUGUGACCUCACCCCACUUCUCAGGCUUUCUUGCACUGACACCUCAGUGAACAAGAUGUUUGUGCUCAUCGUGGCUGGGCUGGUGAUUGCCACACCUUUCCUCUGCAUCCUGGCCUCCUAUGCCCGCAUCAUCAUUACCAUCCUGCAGGUCCCCUCUGCAGGUGGCAGGAAGAAAGCCUUUUCCACCUGCAGUUCUCACCUCUCUGUGGUUGCCCUCUUAUAUGGGACCACCAUUGGGGUCUAUCUGUGUCCCUCAUCUGUACACACAGCCAUGAAAGAGAAAGCCUCUGCUGUGAUGUACACUGCAGUCACUCCCAUGCUGAACCCUUUCAUCUACAGCCUGAGGAACAGGGACCUGAAGGAGGCCCUGAAGCAUCUCAUCAACAAAAAAAUCACCUCAUCUUCCUGA